CAUACACUAUAUUGCCAAAGGUAUUGGGACACCCCUCCAAAUCAUUUGAUUCAGGUGUUCCAAUCACCUCCAUGGCCACAUACAUGCAGACUCCUUCUACAAACAUUUUUGAAAGAAUGGGUCGCUCUCAGGAGCUCAGUGAAUUCAAACAUGGUACCGUGAUAGGUUGCCACCUGUGCAAUAAGUCCAUCUGUGAAAUUUCCUUGCUACUAAAUAUUCCACGGUUAACUGUUAGUGGUAUUAUAACAAAGUGGAAGCAACUGGAAACAACAGCAACUCAGCCACGAAGUGGUAGGCCACGUAAAAUGACAGCACACAGUGCGCAGAAGUCGCCAGAAGUCGCCAAUUGUCUAAAGAGUCAAUAGCUAAAGAACUCCAAACUUUGUGUGGCCUUCAGAUUAGCACAACAGUUCAUAGAGAGCUUCAUGGCACGGUUUUCAUGGCCGAGCAGCUGCAUCCAAGCCUUAUAUCACCAAGUGCAAUGCAAAACGUUGGAUGCAGUGG